UUAUUUAUUUAUUUUUUCAAUAAGAACUUUUUUUAAAAAAUAUUUAUAAAUUUGCAAGCUCAUUCUACAAAACCACAACGUCACACAAAGGUACGGGACGGCUUCUCCUCUCUGGUAGAAUUGCAAACCAUGACAAGCUCCUCGGCUCCGUCACGCAAGGCUUUAAGCAAGAUCGCCUGUAACAGAUUGCAAAAGGAGCUCGCGGAAUGGCAGUUGAAUCCCCCUACAGGUUUCAAGCACAAAGUCACUGAUAAUCUCCAACGUUGGGUGAUUGAAGUCAACGGAGCUCCGGGAACUCUAUAUGCUAAUGAAACUUAUCAGCUUCAAGUGGAUUUCCCCGAACAUUACCCUAUGGAAGCACCACAGGUGAUUUUUCUCCCGCCAGCUCCUCUACAUCCUCACAUCUAUAGCAAUGGGCAUAUCUGUUUAGAUAUUCUCUAUGAUUCAUGGUCGCCAGCUAUGACUGUGAGUUCUGUCUGUAUCAGCAUUCUCUCCAUGUUGUCAAGUGCUACUGCGAAGCAACGCCCCGUUGAUAACGAUCGCUAUGUGAAGAACUGUAAGAGUGGGAGAUCUCCCAAAGAAACAAGAUGGUGGUUCCAUGAUGAUAAAGUGUAAUUAUAUAGUAACAAGCAUCCAUUAGUUGGUGUAUAAAAAAGACAUGACCUAUUUGUCAUGUGGUAGUGGAAAAUGGGGGCAGGCAAGGCCAUGACCCUCUAAACCCGUUUACUUAGCCCUUAA